AUCCAUUGGGCCAGUUACGUCUUUUGCGUGCGUGCCCACGUAGCGGAGAAGACAUUGCACCGUGCAAUCGUGCAGCCGGCCUCGGCGUUAGCAAGAGUGUGUGUUGCAGGGUGAUUCAGGAUGGUGGACCAGCCUCUGUGGGAGCAGAUAGGAUCCAGCUUCGUGCAGCACUAUUACCAGAUGUUUGACUCUGAUAGAUCACAACUGGGAUCUAUAUAUAUCGAUACAUCAUGCCUUACUUGGGAAGGACAGCCGUACCAAGGAAAAAUAGCAAUUGUCGAGAAACUCACUAGUCUCCCCUUCACAAAAAUAGCGCAUAGUAUAACAGCGCAGGACCACCAGCCAACUCCAGACAGCUGCAUCUUGAGUAUGGUCGUAGGACAGCUAAAGGCAGAUGAAGACCCGAUCAUGGGUUUCCAUCAGAGUUUCAUCCUGAAGAACAUUAACGAUGCAUGGGUGUGCACCAAUGACAUGUUCAGGCUGGCCAUUCACAACUUUGGUUAACCUGACUCUCCAUGCAGGCGGGCAGGGGCGGCCACAAUGAAGGGCACUGUGAGAUGAAGUCUGGAGGGUGGGGAGGGAGGAGUUGAUAGAGAGAAGAGGGGAACACUCAUCCCCCCCUCCUGCCAUUUCAUUUAUGCCUGUUUGACAAACAAGCAAAUGCCGGAUUCUAGAUGUCAAUCACUGAACCUCGUCCAGGUGGGGUUUCCAACCAGCCCAGCUAGUAGAACUGCGAUGCGUUUUCUUUGCUGAGAGCCGGCUGACCAAUCGGACGCCCCUGUCUGCCACUCUGCUGACCUGCAUGACGCUGGGAGACCCUCAUUACAAUAUCUACACUCAAGCCACCAGAAGGACAAACAGCUGAUUGAUGCCAUUAACUCAUGUUUUGCUCUCCGCUCUUUAUUCUAACCCAUUCUGCUCUAUUAUUGACUCCACUGCUGUCAACCCAGUUCUGUUAGCACUGUCGUUGACUGGUUUGUACAUCCAUGUUCAAGUUCAGAGUUGGCUUCUUCAGUUCAGACUUUACUCUGUUAUAAUUUUUUUUAGAUGCCGCUCGUGUUUACUUAGCUUAGUUUGUUGAAUUGAGUUUUAUCCUCCUCUACACAGUUAACUUGGCCAUCAUUCAUUAAUUUUCCCAGGUUUUGCUCUUGCAAACCAAAAGUUUAUUCAAGACAAGGUUGCCCUUAAUGUAUGUUCUCUGAUCCUGCUUUUCUUUUUUUUUUUUUUCCUUUCACUCAUGUCUGGCAGUUAACAUGGACUACAGCCACGAUACACAAUAAAACCUGGACUUUUUUCUUAA